GCCAAACAGGUUUUCAAAUUCCAUCCACAAAUUCUUGUGCUCGGGGCCCAGUGCAUCUCGUAGGCCAUUUUCUGCACCACCGGAACUGACGGCCCAAGAAAAUCCCUACGCCUCCAAAUUCAAGCCUUUUCUUUACUCUCUGUCCUCUGCCCACCAGACCACAACAGUUCUCCGCCGCGACGACUAGCCGGCAGGCGACGACGACGACGAGCAGCGUCAGCCAGAUCCGACGAGAUGGCGGCCAAGGCGAUCUCCAGCCCCGUGCCGGUGGAAUGGUACCCGACGCUGGCCGUCGUCAUGGUCUCCGUCGGCCUCAUGCUCACCGCAUCCUUCUUCAUUUAUGAAGCCACGACUUCAAGGCGGAACCGUAGUUUAACCAAGGAGAUUGUCACAGCGUCCAUUGCUUCUGUCUUCCUGGGCUUUGGUUCUCUGUUCGUGCUCCUUGCAAGCGGUGUUUAUGUCUGAUGAUCGGCUGUGCAAGCUUUUUGUUUGUGUAGCUAGGAUAUGCCAAGUUCUAAAAGCAUUAAUAUUGUGCUGUUCCUGGAGAAUAUGCAGUAGUACUAUGGAGAUGUUUUAGUUAAAAGGGCGAGUGUGGUGAAAACUCUCUGAUUAUUACCAUGCCAUCAGAUCACAAUGUCACUUGCUGCUUCUUCUACAUAACAUUUUUCCCUACUUGUGCCUAUGAAUUUUUUAUAUUGUUGAAAGUUGAGACCAA